CUAGACACUGUGCUAGACAAAGUUGUUUCUCUGCAUCCAAAAACCACGGAAGAAAGGGGAAAUAAUAGGUAGUAUAGAAAGGAAUGGUGUGGGGGUGAGAGCUACUUUACCCAGGGCACUUCCUCCUCCUCUUCCUUCCUUUCCCCCUCCCUGCAAUAGAUUUCAGGUACAAACUUCGUUUCUGAGGUGCUUUAUCCACCAAGACUGAUUCUGUUGACUAAAAUAGGAAUUCUUCUGCUAUUCAUUAGAAGUAGAAACACUGACUCUUGUUUUGGAUUUGCUUUUUCAGACCUCCUUCUGGAUGACCAAUGUGUAUUUUAACUGAUCGUAUCGGAAACUAAGUCUCUGACUUCCCAUUCAUUCCAGCUGGUAGCAACGCUUAUAAUGCAAAAAAAUCACGAUUCAGGAUCACACAAACAUUACUCUUAAAACUUUCUAGAUGAUUGUAGUUGCUUUGGUUGUGUUCUAUGCUAGCAGAAGCCUUUUUCAAAGUUUACUGUUGACAUUAGAGUACCACAUUCCCCAUUUACUGGGAGCCCUGGGGGCUGGCAAUAUGGGAAACUCAUGUGUUUGCCACGAUGACAGUGGAGCAGAAGACAAUGUGGAAUCUUGGAGUCAGCAAAUGGAGAACAGUAGAGUACAUGUACCUGAAGCAAGAAGCCACCCAAGGGACCCUGUCCGUCCACCCAGGAGGGGUCGAGGGCCUCAUGAACCAAGAAGGAAAAAACAGAAUGUGGAUGGACUAGUACUUGACACAUUGGCUGUAAUUCGGACAUUAGUAGAUAAUGACCAGGAGCCUCCUUAUUCAAUGAUCACGUUGCAUGAAAUGGCAGAAACAGAUGAAGGCUGGUUGGAAGUGGUCCAAUCUUUAAUUAGAGUUAUUCCAUUAGAAGAUCCCCUGGGACCAGCUGUUAUAAUGCUGCUACUUGAUGAAUGUCCGCUGCCAACAAAAGAUGCAUUACAGAAGUUAACUGAAAUAUUAAACUUAAGUGGAGCUGCUGCUUGCCAGGAUGCUUGUCACCCUGCCAAACACCGGAAUAUAGCGGCAGUGCUGGGCUGCUUAGCAGAGAAGUUAGCAGGUCCUGCGAGCAUAGGCUUACUCAGCCCAGGCAUAUUGGAAUAUUUACUUCACAGCCUGAACUUCCAGUCCCAUCCGACAGUGAUGCUUUUUGCACUAAUAGCACUGGAGAAGUUUGCACAAACAAGUGAAAAUAAAAUGACAGUUUCUCAAUCAUGCAUUAGCGACCAACUGAUCCUGCUUGAGAAAUGGACAGAUAAUCCAGACUAUUUAAAACGCCAGGUUGGGUUCUGUGCCCAGUGGAGUUUAGACAAUCUGUUUUUAAAAGGCGGCAGGCAGUUUACAUAUGAGAAGGUUGACUUGACCAACAUUAGGGCUAUGCUGAACAGUAACGAUGUCAGUGAAUACCUGAAGAUCUCUCCACAUGGAUUAGAGGCUCGAUGCGAUGCCUCAUCCUUUGAAAGCGUUAGAUGUACAUUCUGCGUCGAUUCUGGAGUUUGGUACUAUGAAGUUACAGUCAUUACUUCAGGAGUGAUGCAGAUAGGAUGGGCUACCAGAGACAGCAAAUUUCUCAAUCAUGAAGGUUAUGGCAUUGGGGAUGAUGAAUAUUCCUGUGCCUAUGAUGGCUGCCGGCAGCUGAUUUGGUAUAAUGCCAGAAGUAAACCACAUUCCCAUCCCUGUUGGAAAGAAGGAGACACAAUAGGAUUUCUACUAGACUUGCACGAAAAGCAAAUGAUCUUCUAUUUAAAUGGAAACCAGCUUCCUGCUGAGAAGCAAGUAUUUUCAUCUGCUAUAUCUGGCUUUUUUGCUGCAGCUAGUUUCAUGUCCUAUCAACAAUGUGAGUUCAACUUCGGGGCAAAACCUUUCAAAUACCCACCAUCAAUGAAGUUUAGUACCUUUAAUGAUUAUGCCUUUCUGACAGCAGAAGAGAAGAUCGUUUUGCCCAGGCACAGGCGCCUGGCUUUGUUGAAGCAAGUGAGUAUCCGAGAGAACUGUUGCACGCUUUGCUGUGAUGAGGUAGCAGAUACAGAACUCGGGCCGUGUGGACACAGUGACCUAUGUAUGGAGUGUGCCUUGCAGCUGGAGACCUGCCCUUUGUGUCGACAGGAGAUACAAACCCGAGUCAGACAGAUCUCUCACAUUUCAUGACACACAUGGAGAAAUACCACACUUGUUUUCAAUGAACUACAACCAAUGCUGAAAGGGGAAAGAAUCUCCGACCAAUCUUUACGCACAU